GAUGAAGUUCCUCGCUUGCUUUUUGAUCUUAGCAGCUUGCGUUUUUUUUGAGCAAACUGCAGCUCAGUGCCGGAGUCAACCACCACGCACCGCAUGUAGUGGGGGCCGUGAUAGCGGAGUUGGUGGCAGACAAUGUGUACCUGGCAAAAGAUGGUUUUUCAGCCCGGCGGCUAGAUUAUGUUUUAGUUUUGACUAUCUGGGUUGUGGUGGUAAUGAUAACCGUUACUGCUCAUUUUCAGACUGCCAGUCCGCUUGUGGACGGCGUGGUUAAUUGUUAAUUUAAUUGAGUUUGAAAUUUAAAGAGAAAAUUUGUGUAAGAGUCACCCAAUUUGAAAAGUUCAAUGGCUGAAA